GAAAAUAUAUCCUUCGCCUCUCUCACCUAUAAAUGUCCCCUUGCCGCGUCAUACACCGCACAUCCUGAUCUACACACCAUACAAAAGUUUCAAGUUUGUAGCCGAGCGGCUUCGUUCUCUGGGGCGAAUGAGAAGGAAAGCCAUGUUCACAGUGGGGAGGAAGAAGAAAGGCCGCGGCGGGGCGUCGCCAGUGGGCAGGACGACGAGGCCCUUCCAGCACAUGGUGCUCAGGAGGCUCAGGGAGCUGAAGAAGAUCGUCCCAGACUCCCAGGACGCCGAUGUGGACAUGCUGCUCCGGCGGACGGCUGACUACAUCAGCAUCCUCGAGCUCAAGGUGACCGUCCUGCGGAGGCUCUCAGCCAUCUACGGGGUGUGAAUUGGUUGGGAACAUCACCCACCUCCUUUGCCGCGUCGUGGUCCACUACGACGUCGACGCACGGUUAGAGAUGAGAAGUUUUUGAGCUGAAAAGCUGUUGCAAUUGUAAAUUAUUCGAGUAGCUAUAGGAGGGGACAAAUAUUUCUUGCCUGCUCAGCUCUUGUGUAACACCCUGCCCGGAUACUCCUGUAUUCUGAAAGAUAUGUUGCGGGCCUGUGUGCUUUUUUAUAGUAAGAAAUGUGAUGAGUGUCUGCCACUCGCUGAAUUCUC